UGGAGUAACGCCGUUGGUAGGGAUCUCGUUAAAAUAAAACUUCGAUUUUUCUGCUGCUUUGUGCGUACACUAUCGCACAGAAAUUAUUCUCAGUUGUGGCGCAAUAGCGACGUGUCGUCGGAACACGGCGUCUGCAAUCCAGUCAGUCGCUUUGCCGGCUGUUAGUGUUGUUGGUGCUUCGUUGAGAGUGGCAUUUCUCGCUCUGAGAGGCACGGGAUAUUGAUUUGCACGCUGUCUUGUACAGUUUUCAAUUUAGGAUCAACUGUGGUGCUUCUCGUAUCUCUUGAAACGAGCAAGUUCCGAAGUACGAGUACCAGAACUCAGCGAAAAGACUGGGUGACACUGGAUCAUGGAUGUAACACUUCUACUAUUAGCUCUGAGUGUCAUUGCUGUGAUGUUUGGUGUUGUGGCGACGAGGUUCGGUUUCCCUGGGUUCAACAAGAUUGCCCAGGUCGCGCUUGCUUUGGCGUUGCUACCUGUCAUCUGCAGAUUUCAUCGAAAGUUAUAUAUGAUUUGUAAGGUGCUACCUCGUGAUAUGAAAUUUCUGUAUCGUGCUGUUACGGCAGAGAUCGAGGUAAAAGGGCAACGUCGAAAUAAUUUGACCGUUGUAAAGAUAUUUAAGAAAAGAGUAGAUCGUUAUCCUGACAAGCCUUGUUUCUUCUUCGAGGAUCAAGUUUGGACUUAUUCCGAUAUUAACAAAUAUAGCAACCAGAUAGCAUAUGUCUUUCAAAAAAUGGGAUAUGCGAAGGGAGAUGCUGUGGCUUUAAUGAUGCCGAAUAGGCCAGAGUACGUCGCGAUAUGGAUUGGUCUGGGAAAACUUGGAGUCAUCACAGCAUUGAUUAACACAAAUUUACGUCUUCAGUCCUUGAUUCAUUGUUUUCGUAUCGCUAAAGUGAAGAGCAUAAUUUAUGCAGAAGAAUAUUCGUCUGCCAUCAAUGAUAUUAAGGACUCGAUCGAGGGAGUCGAGAGAUACCAAGUAUGUCACAAAUCGAAAACAUGCGAAGAUGGUGUGCACGAUUUAAACAAACUUAUAUCGGAAGCUGGUUCAAGCGAGCCAACAGUGUCAGAUGAACCUAAUUAUCGAGACAAACUGUUGUAUAUUUACACAAGUGGAACUACAGGUUUGCCAAAAGUGGCAAUAGUUCUCAAUUCUAGAUACUUACUGAUCGUAAUGCCCUUUAACUUACUAGGCAUGAAAUCGAACGACAUUUUAUACAACCCAAAUCCAUUAUAUCAUACAGCUGGUGGAAUGAUUGGAGUAGGUUUCGCAAUUCUCAAAGGUAUACCAACCGUCUUAAGGACCAAGUUCUCAGUGUCGGCUUAUUGGACAGAUUGCAUCAAAUAUAAUUGUACCGUGGCACAAUAUGUCGGCGAAAUGUGCCGAUACGUGCUGAAUGCACCACCUAAACCAGAAGAUAAUGCGCAUCGUUUAAGACUCAUGUUUGGUAAUGGUAUGAGGCCACAAAUCUGGAGCGAAUUUGUCAAACGCUUCAAUAUUAAUCGAGUGGCUGAAUUCUACGGAUCCAGUGAGGGAAAUGCCAAUAUUGCCAAUUUAGACGGUCGAACUGGCGCGGUCGGUUUUGUACCACUAAUUGUGCCAAGAGUGUUCCAUCCUCUAGCAAUUAUUCGUGUAAAUAAUCAAACAUACGAGCCUAUUAGAGGUUCGAAUGGUUUAUGUAUAAGAGCAGAAACAGGUGAACCAGGAAUGUUCAUUGGAUUAAUAAAAGAAGGAAACGCGUUAAGAGAAUUCAACGGUUAUUUAGAUCAAGAAGAAUCGCAAAGAAAAAUAAUACAAGAUGUAUUUGUUAAAGGUGAUAAGGCUUUCUUGACGGGUGAUAUUUUAGUAGAGGAUGAAUGCGGUUAUAUUUACUUCAAAGACAGAGUAGGUGAUACAUUUAGGUGGAAAGGAGAAAAUGUUGCUACUGCAGAAGUGGAAGGAGUUGUCAGUAAUAUUGCGGGAAAAAGGGACACUAUCGUUUACGGAGUUCAGGUACCUGGAAUGGAAGGAAGGGCGGGAAUGGCAGCAAUAGUUGACCCAGACAGUCUUUUGGAUUUUAAAGCUCUUGCAGAAGGUUUAGAGAAAUCGCUUCCAGCAUACGCGAGACCAAUUUUCUUGCGAAUUGUGAAAGAACUUGAAAUAACUGGUACAUUUAAGUUGAAGAAAAUGAAUCUUCAAAAGGAAGGUUUCGAUCCGAGCAAGGUGAAAGAUAAGAUGUACUUUUUAUCUGGUAGUAAGGAAUACAUCGAAAUUACACCAGAACUUUAUCAAGAAAUCAUCUCGGGAACGAGAAAGUUUUAGUCGUCAUACUGUUUUGCGAACGACACAUAAUCGUCAAAAAUACUUGGAAAAGUAGAGACGAAUAUAUAACUUUUUUUUACAACAUGAACAUGACUUUCUGCACGCGCCUUGUAGAUACAAUGCAUAGGAUUUUAUGUAAUAACAUCAAGCAUGUGAAACCAUAGGAACCAUAGGCGGAAGUUCAUUGGAUUUAUAAAAAAGGAGUGGAGAGAGUUAUUUUUACGGGCGCUCAAAAACAGAAAAACAGAAAUGAAGCUUGUUACGUAGUGAGAAAAAAAAAUUACAAUUCUGUCAUCAACGACGAGAGACGAAUAUGGUGACAUGUUCCUGUUUAUUUUAUAAAUGCUCUGUACAUUUUUAAUCAAAUGAAACGGUCCGUAGUAUAAGACAAAUUGGCAUUGUAGAUAGAAAGAUACCAACGAAUAAAAUCAUUCUUAACGUGUAACACUGAUUUUUCGUAAAAGAAGAUACCUUAUUUGUGAAGCACACAAAAAUUUCUCAGGACUGUAGCCAAAUCUACUUGUGGCUAUCAACCAAUUAAAAAGAAAUAAAUUUCUUAUGUCUGCAGUAUUUAUUUUAAAUAUGUAACUUGUCACAACACCGUAUGUCGUUUGCAAAUUUA